AUGUCCUUUGUGCCGCGCAGGCUCCUAGGCAGUGUGGGGGCCACGUCUGCUCCGACUUCUGCUGCCCGCCGGGAUACCCCUGUCCAGUGUCUGGACUUUGCUAUCUGCCAGCAGGCGACGCUCUCAUUGACGUCUUAUGUCACCUCCACCUAUUACUCGACAGUCUACUCAACCGGUACCUUGUGGGAAUACACGACAUCGACCCAUUUCAGUACCAUCACUACCCACUCCCAAGGCGGAGUCUCGACCUCGACGGUCUGGGUCACCGUCACGACAACCCGCAAUGCGAAGCGCGCCACCCCGACUGUUCAGACGCCCACCAUGACACAACCACAUGGCACACAGGGCGCCGCGGUGCUGCCGACGGCGGACCCAGUACGUAUCGGGGGUCAAACGCCGGUAACGGACAUCUUGCGUCGCGGGCUCGAAGAAAUCGGCCUGCUUGAGAGGCGCGCCAUCACGUCAUACAUAAUCGUGCCUUACACAUUCACGUACGAUAUCUACAUCUACAACUACACCAUGGACGACAAUCUCGUCACCUCGACCAGCAGCACCGUGGUCGAGUGGACAAUCACGUCCACCGUAAUCGAUGAUGCGAGCAGCACCAGAACAGUGACAUCGACGACCACGUCCACCGUGGGAUCAGGCGAGCCAACCACCAGCAAGUAA